GAGGGUGUGGCCAACACCAUAACUGCGAGAAAACAGUGCCCUUUGAGAUUUUGUCACAAACUGGCAAGACACUUGUUUAAAGUUUCAAGGGAGCCAUCCUUGCAGUAUGGCUGGGCCCGGUGGGCAGUGCGUGGUGAAGGUGGAACUCACAGUAUCCUGUGAGAAUCUGCUGGACAAAGAUGUGUUCUCCAAGUCAGACCCGAUGUGCGUCCUGCUGAUGAACACAUCUGGACACCAAUGGGCCGAGGUGGGUCGCACUGAGACCGUGCAGAAUUGCCUUAAUCCAAAAUUCGCCAAGAAGUUCCUAAUAGAUUACCACUUUGAGCUAGUCCAGAAGGUGAGGUUUGAGCUGUAUGACAUCGACAGUUCAACGGCCAGUUUAAAUCAGCAUGACUUUCUCGGGGAGACAGAGUGCACAAUUGGUCAGAUUGUGUCCAGUAGUAAGCUGACUCGACCACUCGUACUGAAGGACAAGAAACCUGCGGGGAAAGGAACCAUCACGGUUUUUGCUGAGGAGAUCAAGGACAACCGAGUGGUGAAUCUUGAAGUGGAGGCCAGAAAGCUGGAUAAGAAGGAUUUCUUUGGAAAGUCUGAUCCGUUCCUUGAGUUCUACCGACAAACAGAGUCAGGAUGGCAGCUGGCCCACCGAACAGAGGUCGUGAAGAGAAAUCUGAAUCCCUGUUGGAGGCCCUUCAAAAUCCCUCUACAGGGUCUGUGUGGAGGAGAUGUGGAAAAACCCAUCAAGGUGGAGUGUCAUGAUUAUGACAAUGAUGGCUCCCAUGACUUGAUUGGGACAUUUGAAACAACACUUGCACGCUUGACAGAAGCGGCGCGUGGAAGACCAGCAGAAUUUGAGUGUGUGAAUAUGAAAAAGAAGCAGAAGAAAAGGAGUUAUAAACACUCAGGCAUCGUGAGCGUCAAACAUUGUGAGAUUGUGAAGGAGUACACAUUCCUGGAUUACAUCAUGGGAGGAUGCCAGCUCAACUUCACGGUGGGUGUGGACUUCACAGGGUCUAACGGUGACCCUCGCUCUCCUGACUCGCUGCACUACAUCAGUCCCAACGGGGUCAACGAGUACCUCAGUGCCAUCUGGUCUGUCGGCAUGGUCAUCCAGGACUAUGACAGUGAUAAUCUAUUUCCUGCGUUUGGGUUUGGCGCUCAGAUUCCACCUACAUGGCAGGUGUCUCAUGAAUUCCCUCUGAACUUCGACCCCGCUAAUCCAUAUUGCCAAGGUAUUGAGGGUGUUGUGGAUGCCUACAGGCGAUGCUUGCCGCAGGUGAAGCUCUUUGGUCCCACAAACUUCUCGCCUAUCAUCAACCAUGUGGCACGGUUUGCACACCAGGCAGCCAGCCAGAAAACAGCAUCGGAAUACUUCGUCCUGCUCAUCAUCACCGAUGGUGUGAUCACCGAUAUGGACCAGACUGUGGCGGCCAUCGUGAACGCCUCGCGUCUGCCCAUGUCCAUCAUCAUCGUGGGGGUGGGCAGGGCCGACUUCGAGUCCAUGGAGAUCCUGGACGGGGACGACCAGCGCCUCAGAGCUCAAAACGGCGAAUUGGCAGCCCGUGACAUCGUGCAGUUUGUGCCCUUCAGAGAUUUCCGGAAUUCUCCUAAAGAGGCGUUGGCCCAGAGUGUUCUGGCUGAGGUUCCUGGUCAGCUGGUCUCCUACUUCAACAUGACCAAGCUCCCUCCGCCCUCCCAGCCAGCCCCUCCAGCCCAGCCCUGAAUUUCAACAGCCAAUUAAAACACGCCAUAUGCAGAGACCACGCCCAUUGUGAGCUGUCAGUCAACCCCUGUCUCUCUGCUUUCAGAUGUCUCUUAUAUAACAUUCCUAUGUGCAUGAUGGCAUGACAACACUUAAGCAUGUCUGCAUACACGCUCUCAAACCAACAAAUACACACACACACACACACACACACACACACACACACACACACACACACACACACACACACACACACACACACACACACACACAGAGACCAGGUGCACCAAAAGGCCUUGUCUGACCUGAGAUCAAACAUAACGACUGUCGAUACACCAUUAUGUGUCUUUUCACACACACACACACACACACACACACACACACACACACACACACACACACACACACACACACACACACACACACACACACACACACACACACACACACACACA